GUGACGCAAAAGUGUGUGAUAUUCUAUGUAGUGUGCACUCCAGACGGCUAGGUGGCAAUGUGAAGCACUGACACACAACAACACCAAGUCUGCGCGCCUGCGUACAAACUUCUUACUACUUCUCUCCCUAGUAGCGCGAAAUACAACAUGACGAAGCGAACAGCAAAAGCUGACAAUUUUGUCUGGACAGACGAAGAGGUGGAGUUAUUGCUGCAAACAACCUUAAAUUACAAAACAACAAAGGCACAUCAGGGCGUGGACUGGGAGUCCUGCCAGGCAAAAUAUACAGACAUAUGGACCGAAUUUCUUCAGCAGUAUCCUAUACCUGGAGGGACAUCAUAUCCACACGAGAAAGACGCUAUUAGCAAAAGUCAGAUAACAUCAAAGCUGAAAGCCAUCCGGAUCAAGUAUAGGCAGGCUGUGGAUACCCAACGGCGGAGUGGCCAUGGGCGAGUAAUCACUCUAUAUUUUGAUUUAUGGAACGAAAUAUGGGGUGGGUCGCCAGCAACCACAGCAAUAGAGGCCGGUGUUGAAACAUCAGAGGUGAACGAAACCGUGGACACUAGUAGUGAGUCAAACGCGAGCAUUACAUCGUCUGAUCUGCCGAACACAGAAGAAUCAAUUGUCAGCCCCCAUACCUCAGCCCAGAAGCGGAGAAAUCUACUUCAGGCAAGGCUUGAUGGCCAUAAAGGUGAAAGGCUCCAGAAGAAACUUCGGGUGGAUCCAGUGCAGACUGACCUCGACAUAAAGAAGAAGAUUGUAGAUAUUUUGGAGAAGGCUGAAAAAAGCAACAGCAAUAGGCUGGACACAAUUGCAGAGGCUCAAAUUAGAAUAAGCCAUAGUUUUGAUGCCCUUGUGAGACACAUGACAUCUCAGCCACAAGCAAAUCGUGCCCCACCUGACCACUACAACACAGCACAGCUCAUGGCCCCUGCACAUCCAUACACACCAUCACCCAUGGGCCCUGCACAUUCAUACACAGCUCAGCCCAUGGCCCCCGCACAUUCGUGUACACCACCACCUAUGGGCCCUGCACAUUCAUACACACCAGCACCCAUGGGCCCUGCACAUUCGUACGCAACACAGCCGAUGGGCCCUGCACUUCCAUCCUCCUACAAACAAUUCCUGCUGGGGGAACACUCCGAUGAGGAAGAGACUUAA